AUGUCCAACCACUUCUACCUUCAGACAGCCCGGAGCUGUGGAGACAGCACUUCUACUUUGCAGCCCGCUGCCAGAGUGAGAGUUACAGCAAAGCCGGGCCCUGGCUGGGGCCCCUCCCCUGGCACACUGAGUCCAGCUUGGAGGAGGCCCAGGUGCUCCCAAGAUAGUCGUGCCCGGGUGGUGGAUUACCUGCUGGAGCUCAGACAGCUGCCUGCUCUUCUUUCUGCUUACCAGAGGUCUCUGUCCCACCAGGUGCCCACGGAUUGGACGAUGAGGCUGGCCACAGCAGCCCUGUUGCUGGGUCUCGUGGUGGUGGUCACUGGACACUGGACACUGGAAGAAAAUGACCCAUGUGUCUACGAGGCCCUGUCGGACCAAGACGCUAUCCUGUGCAAGGGCCUUGAAGUUUUCUACCCAGAGUUGGGGAACGUUGGCUGCAUGUUUAUUCCUGACUGCAACAACUACAGACAGAAGAUCACCCGCUGGACUGAGCCGAUAGUCAAGUUCCCUGGGGCCUUGAAUGACUCAACCUACAUGCUGGUCAUGGUGGAUCCAGAUGCCCCUAGCAGGUCAGAACCCGAAAAAAGAUUCUGGAGACACUGGCUGGUAGCAGAUAUCAAGGGCGCUGACAUAAAGCAAGGGAAGAUUCAGGGCCAGGAGUUAUCAGCCUACCAGGCCCCCUCCCCACCAGCACACAGUGGCUUCCAUCGCUACCAAUUCUUCAUCUACCUUCAGGAAGGAAAGAUCAUCUCUCUCCUUUCCAAAGAAAACAAAACUCGAGGCUCUUGGAAAAUGGACAGAUUUCUGAACCGCUUCAACCUGGACGAACCCGAAGCCAGCACCCAGUUCAUAACCCAGAACUAUCAGGACUCGUCAACCCUCCAGGCCCGCAGAGAAGAUGGCAGUGAGUCCAAGAGCAUCCAGGCAGAGAUAACUGCCUGCUUGACCACAGGCUUCACCUUCCAGGCGUGAAUCCACAUUGCUUACCACUGAGAGUCUGAGUGUGGAACCCCCUCUGGGUAUGGAACCCUUCUCUUCCAAAUAAAAA